CAAGCAGGUGCUUGCUUUGCUGGUGCCUAGAGCCGCCCCUGCUCUGAUGCAUUGUUUCCCUCCAAAACUAAGUCAAGUGGCUUCAGGUUAAAUUAGAAGGGAAAAAAUCCCCCCAAUUUAGGGGAUUUUAUAUUGCUAUUCAACAGAGAGAAAAAGGGACCAACUGUAAGAACAUUUUAUAUAGCAUUAAAGAAUUUGUGAGAAAAGUGAAUUUUAACAGGGUUUAAUAUCAACAUUCAAGGAUUAGAGAGCAAAGGGAUCAAAUCUGAGGUAUACAAACUGGAACCUGUCCUCACUGCAGUUGCUGACAUCCGGCUCUGAUAAUGCACCAGGCGAGGGAGUUUUCUUUCACUCUAGUGUGCUCUGACAUGGAUGAAAUGGGGGACAACUUCAGGACGCCCAGGCACAAUGAAGAGCAGGUGGGAGACAACGGUUCCAACCAGGUGCUGACAGAGCAGCCUCGAGCUCAGCCUCCGGCCAGGGCCAGGAACCGGUCUCGAUACGCCAUCAGAUUCAUGGCAGUUAUCAGCAUCAUCACUGCCCUAGUUGUAGCUUUGGCAGUGGUAACCUCCAAACGUCAUUCCUCGCCGCUGGACCUCCCUGCUGCCGCGUGCCCAGAUGACUGGGUUGGCUACCGAGGGAAAUGCUACCUCUUCUCAAAAGCAGAUGGGACCUGGAACGAAGGCCAGAGCAACUGCUCUUCACUCAACGCUUCCCUGGCUGUCAUUGACACCCAGAAAGACCUGGAUUUCCUGCAGCAACAUAAACGCUCCCCUGAAUGCUGGAUCGGCCUCUGCAGGAGGGACCUGGCCCAGCCCUGGAGAUGGGUGGAUGGUACAGAAUUCAACAACAGCCUGUUCAAAGUGGAAGGAGACGGACUAUAUGUAUAUCUCAACGACCGCCCCAGCAUCUCAUUGGGCCAGAAUGCCAUGAAAUGGAUCUGUAGCCAGCCGGAUGAACUGGCAAAGAGGAAACAAAAUGGGGCCCUGCAAGCUUUACUGGAGUGAAGCAAAUCCCCUCUCUUCAGCUGCCACUGCUGCUUCCUAUAUAACAGAUAUUGAAUAGCUGCUUUAAAUGCCAUACUCUGGAGCUAGGAGAGCAACUCCAGAAGCAGGGCUCUACCCAGGGGCGGCUCUAAGAAUUUGGCCACCCCAAGCAGGGCGGGACGUCGCAGGGGGCGUGCUGCUGGGAGCCGGUCCCGCACCUCCGCGAGACCUCCAGCAGACAUGCGUGCAGAGGGACGGCUGGUCCCGCGCCUACGGUGGAGCUUCCGCAGGCAUGCCUGCGGGAGGUCCACCCGAGCCGCGGGACCGGCGCACCCUCCG